UUGUUUACAUGUGACGUCACUUCCUGCUUGCCGCUGCUAGGAGGAAGAGCUCGAAGAAAGCAACAGAAGGUUAGAAGACGACGACAUGGCUGAACUGUCACUGUACCUUACAAAUGUAAACGUGUCUCUGGGACAAGGCAUGGACGCAGAGAAGAGUUCUACAGUGGUUAAGGAGUUUGAAAGUGUUGAACUCGAAGAUCUGGGUAAAAAGAAGGCAAAGAUUCCUCGUAGAACGAUCUACUUUGCGUCUGGUGAAACCAUGGAAGAGUACAGUACAGACGAAGAGGAGGAAGAAGAACCAGAGAAAGCCAGAACUUUAAGUACAGUGGAUACAUCGAAGUUGACCUGGGGUCCAUACGUCUGGUUCCAAAUGUGGAGAGUGGCUACCUCAACCAUCUCAGUUUGUGACUAUCUUGGAGAGAAAAUGGCAUCACUGCUGGGAAUCACGACACCCAAAUAUCAGUAUGCAAUUGAUGAGUACUACAGGAUGAAGAAAGAGGAGGAGGAAGAAGAGGAAGAGAACCGUCUCUCUGAGGAGGCAGAACGUCGUUUUGAGGAGCAGCACAAUCAGGAGGGCCAGCAGCCAAAGACCGAGCAACCAGAAGGAACUGCUUCUUUUGUGAAUGUGACCUUUGAACUGGAGCAGGAAUCACAUGCUAUACCUGAUGCAAAUAAAGUGCCUGCGCCCAUUCCCUCCUAAAAUACUGUUCAGCUGAUUAAGCCUAUUUGAUGGUUUUUACCAUAUUAACCUUAGGCAUGAGGUGUGUUGGGUUCCUUUUUUGGA